AUGGCCAACGUCCACGACAAGUAUCAAUCUCCUUUGACUUCUCGUUAUGCCUCCAAGGAGAUGGCUUACAACUUCUCCGAAGACAAGCGUUAUGCUACAUGGCGUCAACUCUGGACUAAUUUGGCUAUUGCCGAAAAACAACUCGGAUUAACAGAUAUUACUGACGAAGCUAUUGAACAAAUGAAGGCCAAUAUUUUCAAUAUUGAUUAUGCUGUUGCUGCCGAGGAGGAAAAGAAGCGCAGACACGAUGUCAUGGCUCACGUUCACACAUUUGGUCUUGUUGCUCCUGCCGCUGCUCCCAUCAUCCACUUGGGUGCCACUUCAUGUUAUGUCACUGACAACGGCGAUUUGAUCAUCCUUAGAGAUGCCUAUGAUAUUGUUAUCAAGAAGCUUGUUCAUGUCAUUGAUAUCCUCUCCAAAUUUGCUGAAGAAUACCGUGCUUUGCCUACUUUGGGUUUCACUCACUUCCAGCCUGCUCAGCUUGUCACUGUAGGUAAGCGUGCUACUCUGUGGAUCCAAGAAUUGUUGUGGGAUUUGCGUAACUUUGAGCGUGCUCGUGAUGACCUCAAAAUGCGUGGUGUCAAGGGUACUACCGGUACCCAAGCUUCAUUCAUGGCUCUUUUCGAAGGUGACCAUGACAAGGUCGAGGAAUUGGAUCAAUUGGUUACUGAGCUCUCUGGUUUUAAGGAAGCUUAUCCCGUCUGUGGUCAAACUUACUCCCGCAAGAUUGAUAUUGAUGUCUUGCACCCUCUCUCUGGCUUUGGUGCUACUGCCCACAAGAUUGCCACUGAUAUCCGUCUUUUGGCUAAUUUGAAGGAAAUUGAGGAGCCUUUUGAGAAGGAUCAAAUUGGUUCAUCUGCCAUGGCCUACAAGCGUAACCCUAUGCGUUCUGAGCGCGUCUGCUCUCUCUCUCGUCACUUGAUGAUUCUUGUUAAUGAUGCCCUUCAAACCAGUGCUGUUCAAUGGUUCGAACGUACUUUGGAUGACUCUGCCAACCGUCGUAUUUCUUUGCCUGAGGCCUUUUUGACUACUGACAUCGUUUUGACCACCCUCCAAAACAUUUGUGAAGGUAUGGUUGUCUACCCCAAGGUUAUUGAACGUCGUAUUCUCCAAGAAUUACCUUUCAUGGCCACUGAGAACGUCAUCAUGGCUAUGGUGAAGAAGGGUGGUGAUCGUCAAGAGUGCCACGAAGAGAUCCGUGUUUUGUCCCAUCAAGCUGGCCAUGUAGUCAAAAUGGAAGGUGGCGAAAAUGAUUUGAUUGAACGUAUCAAGAAGACUAAAUACUUUGAACCCAUCUGGGCUGAUCUUCCCAAGUUGUUGGAUCCUUCCACCUUCAUUGGUCGUGCUCCUCAACAAGUUGAUAACUUCUUGGCCAAGCAUGUCAAGCCUGCAUUAGCUCCUUAUGCUGAAAUUCUCAAGGAAAAUACCAAAGCCGAGUUGUCUGUUUAA